UGUAAAGAUAUCAUGUAUCAAGACACUUUUGAAGAAGACGACUUGAUUGCCGAAGUUGAACUUGUCGCCCAAGCUCGUUACUCUCAAAACAACGAUGUAGAUGACGCGUUUGAAACUGAAGUAGUUCCUCCUCAAACAAGCACCACUCAAAUCCCCGAUGGUGUCAGAAACUUCAUUCUUCACUUUUACCGUAAUGUGAUUGACAACAAUGUCUAUGAGCUUCACAACAUCUAUGAUAGCUCAUUCAACAAAUUGACUGAAAAGUACUAUCAAAAGCAAGCUUGGCCUGAGGCUGAUAUUAUUGCCCCUCUUGUCAAUGAUGACCAAGUUUUCUUGACAUUGUAUCGUGAACUCUACUAUCGUCAUAUUUAUGCUCGUUUGUCUCCUUCUUUGGAACAACGUUUCCAUUCUUAUGAAAACUAUUGCGACCUCUUCAACUAUAUCUUGAACUCUGAUGGUCCUGUCUCAUUGGAGUUGCCUAACCAAUGGCUUUGGGAUAUUAUUGACGAAUUCAUUUACCAAUUCCAAUCUUUCUGCAACUUCCGUGAUCGCAUUAAAACUAAGACUGAUGCUGAAGCUACUAUGAUUCAAGAAAACUCUCAAAUCUGGAGUUGUUACAGUGUCUUGAAUGUGCUUUAUUCUUUCAUUCAAAAGUCUCGUAUCAAUGAACAAUUGUUGGUCAGCAAGAAUGGUGGUGAUAUGAUGGAAGCUGCUGGUGAGUUUGGUUCUCGUCCUCUCUACAAAAUGUUGGGUUAUUUCUCUAUUGUGGGUCUUGUUCGUGUUCAUUGUUUGUUGGGUGAUUAUAUCCUUGCCUUGAAGAUGAUGGAUAACAUUGUGUUGAACAAGAAGGCUAUGUUUGCCCGUGUCACAGCUUGUCAUGUCACUACUUACUAUUAUGUUGGUUUUGCUUACAUGAUGCUUCGUCGAUAUGCUGAUGCUAUCAAGGCAUUCUCUACUGUCUUGUCUUUUAUCCAAAGAACAAAGCAAUACCACUCUCGUUCUUACCAAUUUGACCAAAUUGCCAAGAAAGGAGAUCAAAUGUAUGCUCUUUUGGCUAUCUGUAUUGCUCUUUGCCCUACCAGAUUAGAUGAAAACAUUCACUCUCAGCUCCGUGAAAAAUACGGUGAACAACUUUUCAAGAUGCAAAAGGGUGAAGAAUCCCUUCCUGUGUAUAUUGACUUGUUCCAAUUCGCUUGUCCCAAAUUCCUUUCGCCUACCGGAAAGGGUGUUGAUCCUCACCAAAACCAACUCAAGGUAUUCAUGUCUGAUAUCAAGAACCAAAUUCAUCUCCCCACACUUCGUUCAUUCAUGAAACUCUAUACUUCUAUGGGUAUUGACAAAUUGGCCAAGUUUUUGGAGGUUGAUUCUGAAGAACUCAAGACGCAAUUAUUGAUCUUUAAGCAAAAAUCUCGUCAAUACAAGUGGGUCAGUGGUAAUCUUUUGGAAGGUGAAUAUUUGCCUACUUCAGACCUUGAUUUCUGUUUAAAGCAAGAUGUGGUUCAUAUCGCAGAAAGCAAAGUGGGUCGUCGUUAUGGUGACUGGUUCUUGCGUAAUAUUAAUCGUUGUGAAGAUAUUUUGGCUAAUUUGGAAUUGAGCAAGGCUUAAGAAAAAAAAAUAUGAAGAAAAUGAAAAACUUGCCAUUGUAUUAUAAAAUGUUUUUUUAUUUUAUUUU